AUGGAUGCCGGCUCAGAGGCCGCACUCUCACUACGAGAGUCCUUCGGCGACCGGCGGCCCAUCGACAUCAGCCGCAAAAUCACCGCCUGCGUGGCCUGCCGCAAGCAAAAGAUCAAAUGCCAUAUGCCAGAUGGCGCUAUCCCCUGUACGCGUUGUAAGAAACGAGGCUUGUCCUGUGUCGUGAACCGGAGUCUACAAAUGCUCCUAGAGGGCGAUGUAGCAUGGAAGGCCAACGUCGAGCAGAAAUUGCAUCAACUGGAAGAUAAUAUCAACAGACUAAACCAACAGGCACGAACUACUGGCGGUGUCUCGAACACUAACGUCAACACCCUGCCGCCAUUGAUGAGUCCUCGACACAAUAGCACAACUACCCCGGUCCCCGCACCGCAAAUGGCUGGUACUAUAGUCACGACCGAGCCACAACCACAGCAGCGGCAGAACGAAGCAGGCUGGGAAGUCGUCAUGGACUUGAACCGAGGACCAGGCGUUGUCCCAGCCUCAGUCGUGUCCGAAUUAUCAGACGCAUCUCCCGCGACUUUCCGCCAAAAUAAUCCUGAUGACUACGAUUUGAUCGACCGCGGUGUCAUCAGCUUGGUCGACGCCGAGGCAUUUUUCCACUUAUACCAUCAACGCCUCGACCACUUUCUAUACAGGAUCCUCGACGAGCAUGACUCAUUGUCCAGUGUCAGAAAGAGCUCUCCGCUACUGACCGCCGCAAUAUGUACCGUUGGAGCCCUCCACACUCCGUCAUCCCACUACCAAGCCUGUUAUCAGAACUUCACCAGUCUAGCCUCGUCAAGGAUGUUCUCGAAAAGAAACAGCCAUGACGACGUAAGGGCUUUGUGCAUAGGCGCCUUCUGGUUAAGUGACAUCUCGUGGACAUUAGUCGGCACAGCUGCCCGACUUGCGGGAGAACUCAACCUCCAUCGCUGCAUCCCUAAAAUACCUCACUCCAAAAAAGCUUGUUACCUUCGCACUCGCCUGUACUAUCUGGUCUACGUCUGUGACCACCACUUCUCGGUAGCCUACGGUAGGCCACCAAUGACACGCGACUUCAGUUCCGUCACACCUCCAAGAGAAUUUCUCAAGUCUGAAUUUGCGACCGAGGACGACUCCCGACUGGUCAGCCAAGUCGAGAUAUGGUCCAUCAGCACUCGAGUCUUUGAUCAGUUCAGUCUGGAUCCAGAAGGUCAUCUCUCCGACCAAUUGACGCCGCAAAUCCGUCGACUCAGCAUCGCCUUGGAUACGUGGCGGGCCGAUUGGCAGGAACGCUUUCAGUACAAUGCCUCCGUCGGCAAUUAUCCCCGCAAGGGUGUGGGCUUGCAUUACCAUUUCGCCAAGUUAUACCUCUGCUCUCAUGUGUUUAGGAGGGCGCCGUCCCCCAACGAAGAGCAACUGCGAUUCGAACCGGACAUGGGAGAAUUUGCAAAUAUGGCCAUCCACUCCGCCAGUUCCAUUGUCCAGGUGAUCGUGGCAGAUAAUGAGAUCCAAUCGUAUCUGCACGGACUGCCGGCGUAUUUCGACACUAUGAUUGCUUUUGCCUUUGUUUUCCUGCUUAGAUUCACAAUCAAGAACCCGGCAAAUCUCAGCAUUGACAAAGCGGCAAUAUUAGACAUGCUGUACAGUCUAGUCAAAGUGCUGAAGGACACUACCGCUAUCAUGCAUCCUCGACAUCUGUUGACGAGCAUUGCAAGCAGUAUGGAAAAACUUCUUGACCGAUUUUCCCGCAACAAUAACAAUACCAACACCAGUCAAGAACCUGGGGCGAUGGCUCCACCACAAAUACCACCUGGUCCCUCGAAUUUCGAUCCAGAUGGCAACCAAUGGCUCAGUCCCACCGAGGGCAUGUUCAUCGAGAACUACGACUUUCUGUUCUCUCCAGGCGCAGAUUUCAAUUAUGACUUUGACUUCAACUCGUUGUCAGCGCAUUGA